AUGGACCAUUCUGAAAGAACCCCAUCUGCCCUCAGAGAGGAUGCUGAUGUGUUCUACUGGGAAGCUGCAGGCAACAUCUCGGAUGGACUGUGGUUAGUGGACGGUAGCCAGGAGCUGGAGGAUAUGGCUCAGCCCGGGGACUGGGAGUUGUUGCUGGCCUCUGUUUACUGCGUGUUGUGUGUGCUGGGCCUGGCUGCUAACUCGCUGGUUAUUUACAGCAUUGCACAGCCGGCUCGGGCCAGCACGGUGGCCAGCGUCUAUGUGUUGAACCUGGCGGUGGCGGACGGCUUGUUCAUGCUGGGGCUACCUUUCCUGGCCGUGCAGCUCGCCCUGCGGCGCUGGACUUUCGGGGGAGCCCUGUGCCGCCUGGUCAUGCUCCUGGACGGGGUCAACCAGUUCGCCAGCGCCUUCUGCAUCACGGUGCUGAGCUUAGACAGGUACCUGGCGGUGGCACAGCCGCUGAGAUACUGCCGCUGGAGGAGCCCCAGGUUGGCAAAGUGGGUCAGUGCCAGCCUCUGGACUCUGUCCUUGCUCCCAGUGCUGCCCAUGGCCAUCUACUCCGAGGUGACUGGGAACCCUGGGCGCUGCAUGGUCAGUUGGCCGGAGCCUGUGUCUACCUGGAGUGCAGCCUUUAUCCUCUACACUUUUGUGUUGGGCUUUCUCCUGCCUUUCAGCAUCAUCUCGCUGUGUUGCCUCCUGUUGCUGCUGAGGCUCAAGAGGAGUCACGCUGCCUACCCCGAGAGGAGGCUCACCACCAUGGUGCUAGCUAUGGUCCUGGCCUUCACUCUCUGCUGGCUGCCCUUCUACACCAUCAACCUGUGCCUGGUGUGGCUCACCAAACCAGGCAGCCCCUCUCUCCGCCGUCUCUUCCAGCUGCUGGUCGCCCUCUCCUACUCCAACAGCUGCGCCAACCCCCUCCUUUACAUCGGCCUGUCCGGCAGCUUCUGGAGACGCUGGUCCGGGCCUCCUUGCCCCCGCUGGCCGCUAAGGACCAAGCUGCCGAUGGACAACAGCACCGGCCCCGGAGCUCAAAGGCUACACAGCGGCACCGAGACCUCAGGCACCCUCUCGGCGGGCGGCGCGGAGUGUGACUUCAGAUAG